AUGUACUCAAACGUGGUUUACGUGAAUCAACAGCCUCAACCUCAAACGAAUGUCGUGGUCGUUCGAAAUCCCCCACCACCCCCGGUUACUACUGUUGUUUAUCAACAACCACAACCGAUUCAACGAACAGUAAUUUAUCAACAACCUGCUCCACCUCCAAUUCAAACUGUAGUAUAUACACCACCUCCACCAACGACUGUCGUAUACAAUUCUGUUCCUACCACACAGGUUUAUACCUCAUACCCAG